AUGUGGAUCAAUACGGUCUUAAAAUGCCAUGGCGUUAACGCAGCAGCAUCAAACUAUGACGAAGAAGACGUCGGAGCAUUCUAUAUGGGCUCAGAGAAGUUCUACAGAGAAGACCAUACGUUCUUCAAGGCCAUCAUUGAAGAUUUUGACGUCAAGAUUGGGCCUAGAAAAAAGUCUGAAGGGCGUCACAUUGUGGCCCACGGAUUAGGAUUAGAGUGGAACGAACAGCGUGAGCGACUUUCUGAAUUCAUCAUGACGAACAACAAUAACGAAAUAGACCACAUAAUAGUAAACCGAAAAUUUUGCCUAACCGAUGUGGCUGUUCUCCCAAAAUUCUACACGGAAUCAGACCACCGUCUCCUACAGGCAACAUUCCAUUUUUUGCGGAAAGGAGAAAAAGCCGCUAAAUACAAAGAACGAAAUCCCAAAACCACCGCAAACUGCGAUUUAUUCACUUCAUUACCCACUUUUGGGAAGAUGGCGUUCCCAAAAACAUUGACGAGAAAUACGAAAGGCUCGUUCAAUAUUUUGAUGUUAGCGCUAGUUCAGAGUUCUGAGAGUUCAAAAGCUACCAAGAGACGUGUCUCCAGAAACACUCGAGCUGAUACGCCAGCGUGGAAUCGCACGAGCUGCAGGCAACCGCGAACUAACGUCCGAAAUUGCAAAACAAUGCAGACAGGUUAUAAAACAAGAUUUUAA